CACUCGUGGGGUCGUUACCAAGCAAAAUGYUCCCUGCCUUYUCGAGCCGCAUCCSGCCGGGAUUGGUUCUCGCUCGGAYAGAAUCGUUUGCCCUCCGGCAAGAGCAACAGCAUCGGGGCGGUGCCAUUGGUGCCUCGGCCACGACCGGGAACAGGAGGAAUUCGUWUUCCGCCACUCUCGAUGCCCGUUCGGAUCAGCAUCGGUACCAKYACCAKYACCAGCACCARMMSCAAMMSCAWYACCAGCACCAGCACCAACGCGAUCCCCCGGCUCCCACUCUGAGGGACUGCGACCUGGACACCCGGUCCGAAAGCUAUCUGCGGGCCAUGGAUCGAACCAGGGCGCAGGUGGACGACCUCCACCGGCGCCUCGAAAAGGUCAAACAGGGAGGGGGGCCGCGGGCCGUCGAGCGCCACCUCAACCGGAACAAGCUCCUGCCCCGGGACCGGAUGGAGGCCCUCUGCGAUCCGGGGACCCCGCUCCUGGAGCUCUCCGCCCUGGCGGGAACCCUGCAAGGGAUCCCCAGCGGCGGGAUCGUCACGGGGAUCGGGAUGGUCUCCGGCCGGCUCUGCGUGAUGGUUGCCAACGACGCGACGGUCAAGGGCGGGACCUACUUUCCGAUCACCGUCAAGAAACACCUGCGGGCGCAGGAAAUCGCCCUGGAGAACGACCUGCCGUGCAUCUACCUGGUGGACAGCGGCGGGGCCUUUCUGCCGGAGCAGGCGCGGGUCUUUCCCGACAAGGAGCACUUUGGACGGAUCUUCUUCAACCAGGCGAACAUGUCGGCGAAGGGGAUUCCACAGGUGGCAGGUGCGUACGUGCGAAAAAACAAACAAACAGCACCACAGAUCAAUCCAUCCAAUSGCGCAUGAAUGAUUUUGUUUGGUUCUGCUCGACUUGUUCUCAUGCKUUGCUGUUGAUCUCCGUCAGUCAUUUGCGGAUCGUGCACGGCCGGCGGUGCGUACAUACCCAGCAUGUCCGACGAGUCCAUYAUUGUGCAGGGRAACGGAACGAUCUUUUUGGGUGGGCCACCCCUCGUCAAAGCGGCAACCGGAGAGGAAAUCACGGCGGAGGCCUUGGGUGGUGCGAAGGUACACGCAGAGAUCUCGGGCGUAGUGGACCACAUGGCCGCGACGGAAGAAGAAGCACUCUCCAUGACGCGGCACGUGGUUGCAAACCUGGGAAAGAGCCGAGAGGAGGACCCGGCCACGGCGGCACCCUGGGACGAACCGCUCUACGAUCCCGGGGAGCUGGGUGGCAUCGUUCCGGCGGAUUCCAAGAAGCCCUUUGACAUUCGAUUGGUCCUGGCACGCAUUCUUGACGGCAGUCGCUUCCACGAGUUCAAGGCCAACUACGGAAAGACUCUGGUGACGGGCUUUGGCAAAAUCAUGGGACAGGACGUCGGCAUCGUCGCCAACAACGGGAUUCUGUUCUCGGAGAGUGCACUGAAGGGCUCUCAUUUCGUAGAGCUGUGCUGCCAGAGAGGCAUUCCCAUUGUCUUYUUGCAGGUAAGUGAAUGCGAAACUGUUGGUAUUUUGCUGCUGGGAAACACUGCCCUCGUCCCCGUUACCAAAACUUACAAAUUGGAUUCCAAAUCUUGGCUCGAAAUCUAGAACAUUACGGGUUUCAUGGUCGGAAGCAAGUACGAGAGCGAGGGCAUCGCGAAGAAUGGGGCAAAACUAGUCACUAGCGUGAGCAAUGCAUCCGUCCCAAAGAUCACAAUGAUUGUGGGUGGAUCGUACGGUGCGGGGAACUACGGAAUGUGCGGACGAGCGUUUGGACCAAGAUUCCUCUACAUGUGGCCCAAUGCAAAAAUAUCGGUGAUGGGCGCAUCGCAAGCCGCCAACGUUUUGUCAACCGUACAGAGGGACAACAUCGAAGCGAGGGGUGAUUCUUGGUCGUCGCAAGAAGAGGCCGAUUUUCAAAAACCAAUCAUCGAAAAAUUCGAGCACGAAAGUUCUGCCUAUUUUUCGACCUCUGAACUCUUCGACGAUGGCAUUAUCGAUCCAGCAGACACAAGAUCUGUUUUGGGCUACUCCCUUGCCGUUGCUCGGCGCAAGGGUUGCGAACCCAAUACCACGAAAUUUGGAGUCUUUCGAAUGUAACUCGUGCAUCUGGGGAAUCGACURAAUUCGCGAAAUGCAUCACUGGAAGAUACGGAUGGUCGGAUAAUUGAAACUUGGUARUUCAUCAAUGUUAUAAAGCGUUACACCGAAAMCUCAUUUUUAUCGUCUUUACURRWGAUGAAUGUCAGCUUGCGUCUAAAAACCAUCGUUCCGUAAAACAUCGCCGCCAAAAACACACCAAUAUAACUGGUGAAAGAAUAGAUGWAAAAAUCGGARGGAUCGGAAAGGAACAGUCCCACCAAAUACAUCGUCACAGUAAAAAAGGCGUUCAYGGAUUGCUGCACCCCUCCCACCAAACCMCGGAUAGGAGGGGGUAUGUGCAAUUGCAUAAGCUGAGUCACAGUAAUGUCGAAGACCCAGAGGCCAACACGACUUAGACAUACACCCCCCACCAACAUAAUGGUGAAUGUACUGUCGUCCUCGAUAAACAGUGACACAUAAC